AUAUUCAAUUUAGAAAAUACGUCGUCUAUUUGAUUAAACGAGCACAUUUUUUAAACCCAAUUGAAACGCCACCACAUUUUUCAACGGGCGAGUACUGAACCUACAGUGUAACUAGAUUUGUUACACCUGACACAUAUACAUAAGUACGUAUAUAUACAUAUGUACUUAAUUACUUAUGCACUGUACUACCAGCUAUCACCAAAAACAAGUCUAGUAUAUACUCGUUUGUUAUUAGUACUAUGUUAUUUUUAUCACAGCCGUAAGAAGACAAAGUUUUUUUACUGUUUAAUUUUUAAAUGCUUUAAAAAAAAUUGCUUUAUUUUACCUUCCUUACUUAUGGACGAUUUCGUGUAGAAUACAUAAGCUUCAUUUUUUUUGUUUAUUUCUUUACUUUUUUUUUUUUUUUUUAAUAAAAAAUAGGAUUUUCUGAUAUAACGUAUUCAGUAAAAGAUAUCGACUUAUGGGUUAAAUACUUUGCACAAGUUUAAUAAAAAUAUAUCUGAUGACUGCAAAUGUUGGCUUGAAUUAAAAUAUCAUGUUUAGCAAAAAAUUGCACGUAGACGUCAAAAAAUCGACGUUAAAAAUUCAGGAUGUUAAAAAAGAUAGUGCUACAAGAUUCAAACAUUUGAAAAUUGUAUUAGAAAACUUUGACAUUGAUGAAGCAAAAGGAUUUUUUGAAGGAAAUUUUAGUCAUGUGUAUUUUAUUCUGCAUGACUGCUUUGUAUCAGCAGAAACCAAUUUACGACAAAGAGAAUUAUCUUUUCACCUUGUUCAUAAAGCUCAUAGAGAAGAAUUGGACCAAGUUCUUCUCUUGUUGGAGAAAAUUUUGAUUUUACUACCAGAAUUACUAAAUCGAAGAUGGCAAUGCCACAGCUUAGCUAGGAUAUUACACAAGCUUUUACAUCCCGGAAAUAGUUGGAAACUAAGACGUCAAGCAUUAAGAUUUUUUAUAUUAUGGUAUCAAGCAUUGGGAGAUAAUGCCCCACAACACAUUCAUCAAAUGUUUGCAUGCUUAGUUCCUAAUUUUUCGUCUUAUCAGUUAUCACGAUCUUCAGAGUAUCGAAACAAAUCAAAUGUCAGUGCAGAAGAGGAUGAUAAACGUGAUUUUUUCGAAACUCAGCAUUCAUCUGCUGUUUUUCAUUGUAAUUCUACGCAGCAAGGACCAGUUACACAACCCAGUGGCACCCCUAUUUUACCGAUUCAAAGUGGCGAAAAACCAUUGGAUAAUGAGACUGUCAGAUUUUUUGAAGCACUACUAGAAUUUAUGGUGACCCAAGUAGUAAAAAUUGAAUGGCGAGACAAACAUACCCGGCAACACAAAUGUUUUCAAUUUCUUUUAGAACGUUUUAAGGCUUCAUACUUACGACAGAUUUGUCCUGGAUUUGAUGAUAAUUUUUCAUUAUAUAAGCCAAAUUUAGAACUUCCGACAAUGCGACAGCCAUCCACUCAAAAUCAGAACAAUUAUUCACUCUGUAAAGUUGCUUUGAUAAAAUGGCUCGCUAGUUUUACUCAUGUUUCUAAAAAAGAUAAACCAUUUGUAAACCCAUCAAAUGUUGUUACAUCAGUUGAAGAGAAUACAGAAUCUGAUGGGAGACGUGUCUCUGUGAGUCAAAGUAUUGAUUCAAACUCUUGGACAUCUGAAAUACCAUUCUCUCAACAAGAUAAUCAUGCUAACGACAAUCAAAUUGCUGUAGUAUUAGUACGGGAAGUUUUGUAUGGAAGCCGUGAUAAUGUUAAUUUUGUACAUGAAAUAUACAGGCAAGCAUUUCUGUUGGAUUUCACUCAUGCUGGUGCUAUAAGAAAAGCUAUUGCUGUUUAUAAGGAUUGGAUCCAAAUGAAUGAAAUUCCGCCUUUUAUGCUCGAACCUUUAGACAAUCUUAAAGACCGAGAGAAUGAAGAUUCAAAAGUUAAUAGUUUUCUAGAAAACGAAAAUGAUAAGAGUCCAUCCGAUAAUUAUCGUUUAACUCGUUUGAGAAAUGAUUCAUAUUUAGGAGCAAUUCAUCGUGAAAAUUUGUUUGUGAGAGCUGGAUUGCAAAAUGUACUUCAACUAUUCAUAACUCAAGCCUCCAACGUAUUUUUUUUAGAAAAUAUUGGUGGGAAUGCCUCAGCAGCGUUAUUGGAAGAACAGAUUGAUAGCUGCAAAAGAGUUUUAAAUGUUUAUCGUUAUGUGGUAAUGCAUGCACGAUUAGAAUCAUCAACUUGGGAUCAAUUGCUUCGAGUAUUGUUGCAAAUAACUUCAUUAGUCUUAGGUGGGAAAACUCGCCGUAAAUCUCAUGAUGGUAUUGGUGGCAAGCUUGCUCCUGCGAUAUUUCAAACACUUAUUGUUACAUGGAUUAAAGCAAACUUGAAUGUUGUUAUAGCACCUCAACUCUGGAAUCAAUUUCUCGAAGUUUUAACGUCACUUACUCGAUGGAAAGAAUUAAUUCGUGAAUGGGCUAAAACAUUGGAUACAUUAACAAGAGUAUUAGCACGACACGUUUAUAAUUUAGACCUCAAUGACUUGCCGUUAGAAAGAAUCAGUGAACAAAAAUCAAAAAAACGUCGUGGUAUAGGAUAUCGUGUAUCGGCGAGUAGUGUUCAAUCACCACGACGAGGAAGCAUUGAUCGCGAAAGAGAUAUAUCUUAUAAAGAAAAUAUACCUGAUAAUUUAUCUAGAGAAUUUAGAAAAAGUAAACUGCUUCCUCGAAGUUCAAGUGACAACAAUUUAUACAACUCUAAAAAUCGCGGAAAACCUGUAACACACCACGGAGAUAUACUUCCGUUUGAAAUUUCAGGACAUACAUCUCGACUUCAAGUUACAUUAUCAUCGUCAGUAGAAAUCGAUGCGACUCAAUUGGUUUCCCAUCAGAACAGUGCAAAUGAUCAGGAUAUAGUAGGAAAUAAAAGAAAAUUAUUAAUCGGACGAAGAACUAAAUCAUUAGAUUGUAUCAUAGUACCUGAUUGUGAACCAAUAACUCCUCGAUGUCCUUCACCAACGCCUAGUAGCGGUGUUGAUAGCAACAAGGAUAGUCCUAUUCAAAUAGAAAAUAUUGAUGGCAACAGCAUUGAUGCAAAUGAUGUAUCCGAAAAAAGGUCAGUGAUGGCUGGUGGUGGAGUGCGUGGAUGGUUACCAGAUGUUGCGGUUGUAUUGUGGAAACGUAUGUUAUCAGCUUUAGGAGAUGUUAAUAAUAUUCAAGAUCCAAUUUUACAUGGUCAAGUGAUGGACUAUUUAAUACAACUCAGCAAUACUCUUGUUAAAAUUCGUUCCAAUCAAGGUGUUACAAAUGAUAACCAAGCUACUCCAUCUGCGCCAGAACUUAUUCCACCUUUAACGGUUAUUUCACCCUGGUGUUUUAAGGCUACUCAAUUACCGAUGAAUUAUGAAAUAGGAAAACUUGCUGCUUAUCGCUUGAUUUGUAUUCUCACAACUCAACCACUAGACAUUAAUUUGCCAAAAGCACAUUUGAUUUUAUUUUAUCGUGCUCUUCAUUUUGGAAUCAUGAGCAACGACAUUAAAGUUAUUUAUGCAAUUGUUAAACAUACGGGGCCAAGAUUAUUCAGUCUAAAUUUACCGGGAUCUAGUCUUUUGAUUAUGGACUACAUACAUGCAGCAAAUAUAAUAUUGAAAAAUGACGACACUGAUGCUCCAAGAAUAGAAGCAGUAUCGAUAUUAGGAUCAUUGUUAUCUCUACCGAUUGUACUUGAAAAAUUGCCCGUUCUUAAAAAAAAUGGAUCUGAUAUUGAAACAACAACAUGUCCUGAAGCAAAUGAGCUUAUUUUAGAAGUAUUAUUCCGUAAUUGUCGACAUGAACCAACUGGUAUUGCUCGUUGUAUUGCUCUUUCAAGCAUUGCAAUGUUUGCUUACAGAGAAUUGUGUCUUCAGUCACAGCAUCCACGAGUUUCUGAAGCGAUAACGGUACUACUUCAAAGUUUAAAAGCAAACCAUCCAUCAGUAGUUCAAACGGCUUGUGAUUCUCUUGGUCUUCUAUGUGAUAAAGCCGAUACUCUUCUACUAUUUUACCCAGAAGAACCAUGUAAAAUAAUUCAGGUUCUCGCAGAAACGUUGGAUAAUCUCAAUGUGCGUGAACAUCGAAGCUCUUUGAUUACAUCUAUGCUGUUUUGUUUGAGUGAAUGGGCUAUGCAUUUAGAUCUUGAAAUAUUGACAAGAGAUUUUCAAGGGAAACCUCUAUUAUUAACAAUUUUUACAGUCUUAGAUAAUAUUAUCUAUAAUAAAUCAAAUAAACUACUACAUGAUCUCCAUGUAUAUAGUAGUAAACAUAAAAAUGAUGAAAAAGAGUUUAAUCCGAAUAUUAUACUAGAUAACUUUGGAGAAAAUAAUGAUGCUAAUAAUAAAUCUUUCCGAUCCAAUAUUCAAGCUAUUCAAUUAGCUGCAAGAGUAAUUGUAAUGCAUUUAGUGAAUCAUUUAGGACAUUUUCCGAUGGGAAUCGGUGCAGCUCGUCUAUCAUCUAUAAUAGUCGAAUUAGAUGAUGUUCUAGGCAUAAACAGUGAUGAACUCUCUUCAGCGAUUUUCAAUGCUCCAAAUAUUCAAUUGUUAAUGCUUUCAAGUUCUACCAUAAUAUCAUUUAUAGAACUUACGGCAUUAAAUUCACCUGACGUUACAUCAGAUUUUAUUACGGCACCGUCAAUAGCUAGAGUCUUAUUACGUGACUUGAUUGGUAAAGCAUCUUGGGAUAGUUCAAUGUUGUAUAACAAUUUUUCUGAUACAGAAAAUACAGAUUUGGAGCCGAUGAAAAAUAUUGAAUGGCUAUCUUUGCAUUAUGAGACAAAUAAAGAGGAUUCAAUAAAUAUUUUAUACCCUUUUCGACCAAUUCCAUGUCAUGUUAUAAGACAUCGUGAACCUUACAUCCUUCCAACGUUUGCAAACACUGCAAGUGAUAUGGAUAAUUUAGACGAUCUUCUAUGUUAUAUAGGACACACAAGUCCUGAAGUGCUCACUAAUCCAGAAAUAACCCUAAAUUGUCCGGCAAAUCCACCACAAGUAAAUUGUAUGGAAAAUGAAACAAUGAUAACAAUUUUGAAUCAACGUAAUGCUGCGCGAGAUUAUGUCUUAAAUUGUAAUCAGCAUAUUACUACAUCUGAAGUUACUAUCAAUCCGACGUCAGUCAUAACAUCAGCUCCAUUUCAUCACAGUAGACUUUUAUUUUCACACUUAGGACUUGCAGGAUGGGAACAGCGCCAAAAACUUCAUCUUUUAGCAAAAAAUGAAAAACUUCUUCGAGAGCUUCGUAACUUAGAUGGACAACGAUCGCGAGAAACUCAUAAAAUGGCUAUUAUCUAUGUAGGCCCCGGCCAAGAAGAUAAAAAUUCUAUUCUUGGUAAUACUAUUGGUAGCACAGAAUAUGAGAAUUUUGUUGCAAGAUUAGCUUGGGAAGUGGAAUUAGAAUCACACACUGGAUUUCUUGGUGGUCUAACACCUGGUAAAGCAUCUGGUAUCUCAGCACCCUAUUUCGCAACAUCUUUCUCUGAAAUUUUGUUUCACGUUGCUACUCGAAUGCCAUUAGACAGCCCAGAAAGUCUUUUACAAAAAACACGGCAUCUUGGAAAUGAUGAAAUUCACAUCGUCUGGUCGGAACAUUGGCGAGAUUAUCGUCGAGAUAUUAUACCCACAGAAUUCUGUGAUGUUUUAAUUGCGAUCUAUCCUUUACCAAAUAAGUUAUACAGGAUUCAAAUAUCUCGGAAAUCAGAAAUUCCAUUUUUUGGACCACUUUUUGACGAGUGUAUAGUCGAAGAUCAAGUACUUCCAGGACUUGUAAGAAUCACUGCUUUAGCUGCUAGUCGUGCUAAAAGAUCUACAUUGUCUUUAUAUCAACAAUAUUACGAAGAACGUGCUCGCUCAAUUGAUGUUGUUAUGAGAAAUUAUAAAGAAUCAACAACAUUUGAAGAAUUCGCUACGAAUAUUUAUUCUCCUGUACUCCCAAAAAAUGCAUUCAGGACUGGUUCAUCUGUAACAGAUUCCAUAACUACCAGUGUACAAUCUACAGCAUCAUCAAAUCUCGCAGCUGCGCUUCUGGAUUCUCAUCAAGGAUGUUCUAAUAACCUUCGCGGCAGUGCUGCACUUAGCGGUAUAGAUACUCGCAAUCACAGAGUUUCUGAUAAUACAAAAGUUCUACAAGACAGCCCGGAUUUUCAUGGUAUUUCACCUAGACCUUCAAAAAAAAUGUCUUUUAAAUCAAUUCCAAAGCCAAGAAACAAUCAACAUCUUACUCCGCCAGACAGUCCAAAUAUAAAUAAAUUCAAAGUUUCAAACUAAUCGUGAUUGUUAUCGUAGCAAUAAGGUAAUUUUAUCGAUUGAAAUAUGGUUAAUAAUUAACUCGAUUUUUUAAAAGUUUAACUAUCAGUAGUUCCAUAAAUUGGAAAUUAACUAUUGGUUCUAAAGUUAUGUAUGUUCCGUCCUUAGAUUUAAUUUUUUUAUAAUUAUUUUAACUGUAUUUGUUAGCGAUAAGUGAUAA